GAAAAGUCAGCGUUGUUCGCCGAGCGUGUGUUCAAUGUCACAUUACAAUGUUAGUGGAUGUAGAAAGAUGAAGCGAGCUUUUGUUCCUCACACCGUCCUGUGUUCUCCAUCAGCUGUGUAAACUCACACACUCCACAGCAGUGAGAGGUCCAUCAUGUCCGUGUGUGGUAGGACCAGGGUUCUCCUGCGAUGUGUGCAGGUUCUCUUAGGCCCGCCCCACGUGUCAGGUCAGCGUGCUCUCUCCUCCUCAGCAUGUGGGUUCUCGGUGGGCGAGUGGAGGAGAACCUCAGUGGACGGGUGCAGGGUGGAGCAGGUGUCUCACUUCUCGGGAAGAACGUGCAGGAACCUCUCCGCUGCCGCCGCCAACUUCCAGAAUCAACUCCGCCCCCUAAGCCGCUAUGACCCGCUGGACCUGGGUGAGGUGGAGGAGAACACACGCAAGGCCCUCACCUGCAAACACCUGAGACGCUUCAUCGUCGACCCUGAGCUCGCACGCGUGGUCACCGAGCACCUCACACCCGACAUCGACGAGGGCAAGGCCGUCAUAUUCGAGUGCAACCCAGGACCGGGUGUGUUAACUCGCACACUUCUGAACUGUGGAGCUCACAGAGUGGUGGCGCUGGAGAGCGAUAAAUCCUUCCUCCCUGAGCUGCAGGAGUUGGAGUGUAAGCUGGAUGGACAGUUGCAGGUGAUCCACUGUGAUUUCUUUAAGCUGGACCCGAUUGGUCAGGGCAGCAUGAAGCCUCCAGCCAUGUUCUCCGAGAAACUCUUUACUGAUCUCAGGAUCUCUGAGGUGCCGUGGACAGCAGACGUGCCGGUGAAGGUGGUGGGGAUUUUGUCACAGAGGAACGAGAGGAACAUGUUGUGGAAGCUGGUUUAUGCUCUGUAUGAGCGUCUGUCUGUGUUCCGCUACGGCCGAGUGGAGCUCAUCAUGUUCAUCAGUGAGAGAGAGUACACCAAGUUGGCAGCGAGACCUGGAGAUUACAGGAACUAUCAGGCUCUGAGUGCUCUGUGGCAGAUGGCGUGUGAUAUUGAGCUGCUGCACCAGGAACCAUGGUCGUCUUUUGUUACAGCGUCGAAGCACGGAGGUCCAGCGAUCCCUAAGAGCACUCAUGUUCCUAAUGAUCACCUGUGCUUGGUGAGGAUCACUCCUCGUGAGGAUUUGUUCUCCUCCUCAAUCACUCCCUUUAACAGCAGCACGUUGGUGAUGAUGGUCAAACAGUGUCUAACUAAACGCCGCUGCAGGCUCAUCGACAAGCUUAAUUCGUGGAGCGCGGGCAGCGGCACAGACCUUCUGCUGCAGAUGGGACUGUUUGAGGACGUGAUGACGGGACAGAUUUCCCCGAGGGAGUACAAACGUCUGUUUGAGCUGAUGGAGAAAUCAGAGGAGUUCACACAGAGCUGGCUUUACAACGAGAUCCUGGAGAACACCAAAAACACGGGCUGUGGAUAAGAACUACAUGCUAACACACACACACACACACACACAGUUGGGGCAAUAUGAUGAUUUUAUAGUGUUACGUUGCUUCAGAAUCAGCAUAUUUAUUGAAUUAAUUAUGACUUCUAAUAUAGUCAUGGAGUAAUAAUAAUAAACUGGACAUUAUAAUUCUGUUUAACCUCAAUAAAUCUGCACUGGUCUUUUUUUUUUAGGUGUAAAAUAAUGUUACUGUGAAAGCCUUCAGUAAAUAAAAUAUUUUUAAUAAACAAUAAAUUACCUUUCAAAAGCCAACAUAUACAACGUGAUGUUACAUAUGGCAGCAUACUUUAUAACUUAUUAUCAUCUUAUAACUUUAAUAAUAAAAAUAAUACAGAUUUAAUUAUCACACCGCUUCUGGAGUUAUGAGGCUAAUGUACUUAACAGGUAAUGGAGGUCUAUAGCCACCAGUUCAGCAUGAUGCUCUCAAACUGCAUGUCUGAAUCCUGCUAGGUUUCAUCUGAACAGAACACAGUGAUGAUAUUUUAUACAAAUCAUAUUUGUGCAUUUUGAAAGUGCUGGAACCACUUCUGUAAAAUGUGUUUGUAUAAAAUUAGAAUAAAGUGGUGUUUCUUGUGCUGGUUAUUUGGUACUCUUACACUCGCAGCAGUACGGGACGUCACACACAGUUUGUUUUGUAAGAAAAGAUGUGUUUUUUUCUUCAUCAUUAAUGUGUAUAUAAAUUAUGUGAAUAUGAACUUCUAAUAAAAAGAGAAUAAAGAAGUGUUUGCUUCUG